UUUUUGAUAUCGUAUUUCCCUGUCCUUUUUUAAAAUUUCGCCCAAAUUUUACUCCAACCCUAGGCUAUCCGCUUCAUUGCUUCAUCGUGAAAUUCUUAAAAUUAGCUCUCAGCACAUAACUGUUCUCCGCCUUCUCUCUUCACCGGUGGAGUCGUUCUCACGUUCUACGCCUGAGCGGCAACGAUGCCACCGGCGGUGGAGCAUGAAUUGGCCACCGGACCUAAAGCUUCAUCCUUUGCAGCAGCGGUAAGAGGUAUUCUCCCCGGCCGACGCCUGGACUCCCACCAGCUCCUUUUCUCCAAAGUAGACUUCCAGGGUUUUCCGGUGAAGUUGCACGGCCGAUUUAAAGGUUUUCCGACUGUAUCGUUCACUGGUGACGACAUUCAGGUGCGGUAUUUACGAAAUAAGGAACGUCAAAGUAUUGGAGUUUUUAGAGUGGUAAAACAAAACCCUAACAGCCGCAGAGCAAUUGCCCCCAGCAGAUGAAAUACGGACUAUCAUCCAAGCCUCCAAGGGUUGGUCUCCCAAGCUAUGGAGGCCCUCCGGCAACAACUGGAGCAUGAUCGAAGGACAUCGCAUGCCUCCACAUGAGUCUCCGAGCACAUGGAUAGUCGGGGGAUAGACUUUGGAGAUCGCAGGAACAACACCACUGACCAACUACUAGGACACUACUUUGCUUCGAGUUGGGAGCCAGCACACCUCUGCAGAUCCUCACGAGGACCGGUAACCGCAGGAGACGUUAGUAUGUUUCAUUUGAUUCAAUUCAAAUAUUCCAGACUCAUGAGUUGUUCUCUCAUAGUGGACUGUUUGUCUAUGACUUCAAAGGUGAUGAGUCUUGGCAGACUAUCAAAGCUUCUCUGCUUUUUUGGCCAAGUUUUAUGAUGUUCAAGAUCCUAGCCCUUUCUGUCAUAAAUGAGGAUAAAAGUAUGAAAUUGAACUUUAUAAAUGAGGUGACAUUGUUUCAAUUAACAAGAUGUAUUGUUUUGGAUCUUGUUGUGCAAGUGAUAUUGUUGCAAUUAGGAAGAUGUAUACUUGGAGGAAAAGCGUUCUUUUGAAAGUUUCUGUUGUUAAUUUCUACUAAGAUACCUUGGAUAUUGAUCGUCACCAUAAUAUGUUGGCAUCUCAUCAGAAGGCGAUUGAAAGGAAGUCAAUGUUGGCUGAAUGGCUGGUAAAUCAUUCUGUGUUCAUUUUUCUCGUAAGCUACUUGAUUUCAUGUGGCAUUGGUAAACAUGUGUAUUAUUCUUCAGUUUGAUUAUUAUCUUUCCUAGAGUUUUUCCGUUUUUGUCUCCAUUAUGCUAUGUUCCUCACCAUUUAACCUGUAGCCUUUCAUCUUAAUCGUAAUUUCAUCCCAUGUGAAUAGACACCUCUCACAGACGAACACAUUCUGUUAGUGCAUGUGAGUUGACUGAGUUCUUCUCCUAAAUGUCACAUUGUAGUUAGUGCAAGAUUUUCUUAUUUAAGGUUUGAGGUUAAGUUGAGUUUCUCAUUUAAGAUUUGAGGUUUUAUGACUUCUAUCCUAAAAAGUUUUUCUUGUGAUUAGACUUUGAAUGGCAAAUUAAGGGUAAGGAGUACAAAUUGCCCUAUUAAGGGUAAGCCUUGUGCUAGAAGCUUGCUAUGGGAAUUAUUAACAGCAAGGGGGCACUUAUUGCUCCAUGGACGGUUGAAAAAUCUUAAAGGAGCGGUCUUAAAGAAGUUCUCCACGAUGAAUGAGUACUCUGAAGAUGAUAUUUUGCAAAUAUGUGAGGAAUGAGUCUCAUAUGCAGCAAACCUACUCAACUUCAGUGACGAAUGUGAUGAACGGUGCUAGCUGGAUUUUUGCUAAGCUCGUAUGCAUUAUGGCGGUUAAACAAAUGGCUGGAAGGACAUAACAUUUUGAUGUUUGUGAUGUACUUUAUGUGUUUCCAGAACAUAUGUAAUGACUAAUUUAUGUUUACAACCCUAUGUAGCUAGACUAGAAUUCAAGAAUAUUGGUAUUUUGGAUUUUGCUUUGUCUCCAAGAACAAGUUAACUUGUCUUUGAAAAUUUUCAUGUUGACUUUGAUUUGGAUCUAAAUGACGAUUAGUAAGUUAUGGGAUACUUUGAUUA